CCGACACUCCUCAGCUGGUAACCUGCCACCUUUCACUAAGGAAUAUCGAUAUGGCGGCGGCUGUAGUAUCAAUGGCAGCCUCGCAGCAUAACUCGGAUGUGUCGGAGGCUGGAGAUGUGGCUCCAGAGGAUGGCGAGGCCGAAAUGUUUGUGUCGGCAACUCACUGUUCAGAGCUGGCGUUGAGGCAGAAUGAGCAGCGUAAGCAGGGCCUUUUCUGUGACAUGACGCUUGUCUUUGGGUCCGGGAGCAGGGAAUUCCCUGCUCACCGCUCGGUCCUGGCAGCCGCCACCGAUUACUUCGCCCCGUUGCUGUCAGGACAGUUCGAGGAGUCACGCUCAGGGAGGGUUGAUAUGAAGUGGAGCACCGAGCCCGGGCCGGACCUUGAGACGGUUGAGGCUGUGGUACAGUACAUGUACACCGGGCAGAUCCGUGUUUGCACCGGCAAUGUUCAUGAAGUACUGGAACUGUCAGACAGAUUUUUGUUGCUGCGCCUCAAGGAAUUCUGUGGAGAGUUUCUGAAGAAAAAAUUGAAUCUUACAAAUUGUGUAGCUAUUCACAGCUUAGCUCACAUGUACACUCUCAACCAGUUAGCAUUGAAAGCUGCUGACAUGAUACGCAGGAACUUCUUUAAAGUGGUUUUGGAUGAUGAGUUCUACACGUUACCGUUCCACUUAGUUAGAGAUUGGCUUUCUGACCCAGAGAUCACAGUAGACUCCGAAGAGGUUCUCUUUGAAACUGUUCUAAAGUGGGUUCAAAAGAAUACAUAUGAGAGGGAAAAAUAUUUUGAGGACCUUUUUCGGUUGCUUCGUCUUUCUCAAAUGAAACCAACUUAUCUCACACGGCAUGUGAAAUCUGAGAGGCUGGUGGCAGGAAGUGAAGUCUGCUUGAAUUUGGUGGCUGAAGCAGUGGAAGGACAUGCUUUGAGGUCAGAAAAUUUACAGUCUGGUCACCUUCAGCCAUUUGCUAACCACAUGACUUCGUUACCACGCUUUGGUCAGAAUAUGGAUGUUAUUAUGGUGAUUGGGGGUGUAUCUGAAGGAGGAGACUACUUGAGUGAAUGUGUUGGUUACUUCAUUCAUGAAGACAGGUGGGUGAAUUUACCACACAUACACAACCAUCUUGAUGGGCAUGCAGUAGUGACUACAGAUUCCUUUGUUUAUGUAGCUGGUUCCAUGGAGCCAGGAUUUGCUAAGACUGUAGAAAGAUACAAUCCAAACCGAAACAUCUGGGAACAAGUUAGCAACCUAAUAACUAGGAAACAUUCCUUUGGUCUCUUGUCUGUCAAGGGAAAUCUAUACAGCAUUGGUGGUCAUGGAAACUUUAGUCCUGGCUUUAAAGAUGUCACUGUUUAUGACCCAGAGCAAGACAAAUGGCAGAGCCUAGAGUCUGCCCCCAAGAUUCUGCGAGACGUGAAGGCAGUGAGUGUGGAAGAUCGUUUUAUUUACAUCACUGCUCGUACACCUGUGGACAGUGAUAAUGAGGAUGGACUUAGGACCAUUAACUGCAGGUAUGAUAUAGAAAGCAAGAGGUGGCAAGAUGUUGAGUCCCUUCCUCUUUUGGACAGCUACUGUGUAUUUCAAAUGUCGGUGACAUGUACUAACUUCUACAACACUGCUUCGUGUUGUCCCAAGAGCUAUUCUAUAUCCGUGGAAGAGGCUCAGAGCAAGGUUUCUAGGCAACCGCCCACUGAAAUUCUUGAAAGUUUACCACCAGAGGUUCUCAGUAUUGAAGGAGCUGCAGUCUGUUACUACAAAGAUGAUGUCUUCAUUAUUGGAGGUUGGAAGAACAGUGAUGAUAUUGACAAGCAGUACAGGAAAGAAGCAUAUCGGUACUGUGCAGAGCGUAAGCGCUGGAUGCUACUGCCUCCUAUGCCACAGCCCCGAUGUCGUGCUACAGCUUGCCAUGUAAGGAUUCCCUACAGGUGUCUUCAUGGCUCCCAAAAAUACCCCAUGCCCCAGAACCUCAUGUGGCAGAAAGACAGAAUCCGGCAAAUGCAGGAGCUGCAUCGCCAUGCCAUGAACUUGCGCUCUGUUUCACGUUCUCAGAUUGAGUGCUAAUUGUUGUUUAUGGAACCUUUUUUUUUUAUUAUUAUUUUUUUUUUUUUUUUUUUGAUGAGCCAGUCUUAGAUGCAGUUUGCACAUUCAUUCCUUUUCUAAGUCAUUAGAAAUUCUAGAGGUGUACAGCAUCUUGCAAAGUACUAAUUAGCUACACAUUCACACUUCUCUUUCAAAUAAAGCCUGGAAGAGAAAUAACAUUGAAAUUACAGCUGAUUCAGAAAAUCUCAAAAGUUAAGUUUUGCUAAGAUUUUAAUGUCUCAACAUGGAAAGUUGUCUUGAGCAAUCAUUUAUGGGAACUGGGGUUUAUAUACUGUACUUAACCUAUGCAUGCAUGUAGCAUACAAAGGCACGUGCUUUUCUUAAAGGUUAUUUUCCAUAUAUAAGUCUUUAAGUCGGAGCUAGUCUACAAAGUUUGAGCAGUAUCGUAUCUUGGGAGUUUUGUAAUUUAAAAACAUUAUGAAACAAGUCUAUUGUAGAUAGAAGAGCUAACCAAGCUUAGUAAAUAAAUUGCAUAUGAUAGGGCAGUAAUACAUUUUAUAAUUUAAUACUUUUUAGCAUUAAAUAAGCCCAUAAUAAUUAGUUUAAUUAUAUAUAUUCAAAGUAGCAGGAAAUCCAUGUUACUACAGUACUGAAGUGUUUAACUGGCUGAUGGAAAUUUCCAUAGUUGCAUUGGCUGUCAGGGACAUACAACCACAAGCACAAGAUCAUAACUUAAGUUUAUUAAGUGCAUGUACGUCUAAUUUUUAGUUCAUACAUUUUAAAAUCUUCUCUUUAAUAUUCAUCAAAUAUAUAUAUUUUUGUUUAAUCCCUUUUAA